AUGUCUGAAUUCUAUAAGCUAACUCCAAAGGAUAAGAAGGGGGAAGACUACCCCUUCUCACAACUAAAGGGCAAAGUCGUCCUGAUAGUGAACGUUGCCUCCAAGUGUGGGUUUACUCCGCAAUACAAGGAAUUAGAAGCUUUAUAUGAGAAGUAUAACGAUAAAGGUUUGGUUAUCAUCGGGUUCCCAUGUAAUCAGUUCGGUCAUCAAGAACCGGGCACUGAUGAAGAGAUUGGACAAUUCUGUCAAUUGAAUUAUGGUGUCACUUUUCCAAUUAUGAAGAAGAUUGAUGUUAAUGGGAAGAAUGAAGAUCCUGUUUAUGGCUUCUUAAAGUCUCAAAAAUCAGGAAUUUUGGGGUUUAAAGGUAUCAAAUGGAAUUUCGAAAAAUUUUUGGUCGAUAAGAAUGGAAAAGUUUAUGAAAGGUAUGCCUCUUUGACUAAACCUUCUUCUAUUGAUGAAACUAUUGCUACUCUUCUAAAGGAAUGA